CCAAGGCGUAUAAGUUUUCUCUAUCCUCGUUUAGAUUCUUCGAUGCUUCUGAACCAGUAGAACUUCUUCUGCAGCAUUUCAAAAAGCAAACCCUAAAAAUGUGUUUUUCAAUUUCACUGUGAAUUUUGUAUUUAUGUCGCUGAAUUUACAUAUUGUUUCUGUUUCUGAUGUCUUUGUUUUGCUAGAUUUUGGUGGAUUGUGCUCUGUAGUGAAAGCUCUGUUCUUCAUCAGUGAAGCUUUUGAGGAUUUAUUAAAGAGUUGUUUGAAAAGGUAGACCCCUUGAAGACAAAGAGGUCUUUGGGUGGACACGAAUGGCACUGCCACUAAAGGGUUCCCAGAACUAGCUCACCAUAUGCGGGAUGAGGAAAAAGGGGCGACGGCCGGAAUUCCUGUUAAUGGACAGGGCCUCUUUGUGGCAGACAAGUCAUUGAUAAAUGUGGAUACUAAAGAUGUAACCAAUGUGGGAAUAGAGUUGGCCCAGGCCCAGGCUGUUCUGCAGAGGAAGCAGCAACAGCCUCAAGGGCCUCAAGGACCAGUGGUUUGCUGGGAGCAGUUUCUUCCUGUUAGGUCUCUCAAGGUUCUGCUGGUGGAAAAUGAUGACUCAACUCGCCAUGUUGUCAGUGCAUUGCUUCGAAAUUGCAGCUAUGAAGUGACGGCUGUAGCAAAUGGUUUAGAAGCUUGGAAAAUCUUACAAGAUUUAACCAAUCACAUUGAUUUCGUUUUGACGGAGGUUGCCAUGCCAUAUUUAUCAGGCAUUGGUCUCUUAUCCAAGAUUGUGAGACACAAAACUUGCAACAAUAUCCCUGUGAUUAUGAUGUCAUCUAAUGAUUCUAUGGGUAUAGUCUUUAAGUGUUUAUCAAAGGGUGCAGUUGACUUCUUAGUGAAGCCUAUCCGAAAGAAUGAGCUUAAAAACCUCUGGCAGCAUGUGUGGAGGAAAUGCCACAGUUCUAGUGGGAGUGGGAGUGAAAGUUGCAUUCAGACCCAAAAAUCCGUGAAGUCAAAAAAUACUGAAGGGUCAGAGAAUAACACUGGCAGCAAUGAUGAGGAUGACAAUGGGAGCAUCGGUCUGAAUGGAAGUGAUAAUGGAAGCGGCACUCAGGGCAAUGGACCCUUGACCCAUCAAUCUGUAUAUGGGCAGGAGUUUCACAUAAAGCAAAGGAACAAGGACAUAAAGGACUGUGCUCAGCCUGACAGUGUCUUUGUCCAGGCUUACAGUUGGUACACCAGUAAGGAAACUCUGUGGGUUAGCAAAGGCUUGAACUUUUAUGUACAAAGGUCCACUCAGAAGAUUAUGCAGUUCCAUGAACCUCUGUUGAAGGACACCCUAGUCAAAAGUUCUUGGUCAAAGAAGGCAGCAGAAGUUGACAGCCCACAACCGAUGUUACCAUGGGAUCAGUUAGCAGAUCCCCCUGAUAGCACUUGUGCUCAGUUUAUUUCCUUAAUGCCUGAAGCCUUUAGCAAUAACUGGGUGCCUAGAGCUGACAAAGUGGACUGCCACAAACAGGACAAUGCACUUGCAAAUGCUGCAAUGGGCAAAGACUUGGAGAUUGGAGUUCCUGGAAAUUCAGAUCUCCAGAUUGAAGAUCCAAGAAAAAGAGCAUUGAACAGUAUGGCAGGUACUAAUAAGGACAAAUUUUCUGAUUUAGACUUAAAGAGAGAUUGCGAGACACCAGAAAAGAUGAAACUGGAGUUCAACACUGAGGUACCAAAUCAUGAAUUGAGGAAUGAAGCUGCUGAUUUUACGGUUUCCAUCGUCAAUGGUACUAUUCAUCAUGUGAAAAGUGUAGCUGCUGCAGUUCCAAAUAACCUGUCUAAGACCACCAACAUGAAAGAUAAGGCCACAUGUGAUAUUGAGGAAAUGGAUUUCCUUGAUCUCGGCCUCAAGAGACCCAGAGAUGUAGGAUAUAAUGGAACCAGUACGGGGAAGUGCAAUGUUUUGAGACAUUCAGCAGGCCUUUCAGCCUUCUCUAGGUAUAACACCUUUUCAACUGCUAAUCAGGCUCCAACUGGGAACGUAUGCUGCUGUUCUCCACUUGAUAAUAGCUCAGAAGCAGCAAAGACAGAAUCAGCACACAAUUUACAAUUUCGGUCAACUGGCACUCCUAAUCAUUCUUCUAAUGGCAGUAGCAACAACAAUGAUAUGGGUUCCACUACAAAUGGCAUUUUCACCAAGCCAGAAGCAUUUAGUGAUAAGCCGAUACCCAAAUCUAUGGGUAAGGUUGAUGCCACAACAGUGAACACUGUCUUGACACAAGCAAGGGCAAUGCACCAGCAGGUCCAAGUCCAGCACCACCAUCACCAUUACCACCAUCAUCACCAUCAUGUCCACAACAUGCAGCAACAACAGCAACUGCCCAAGAAUGAUGAUUUAUCUUCAAGAAACAUGGUUGCAGCAGCUCCACAUUGUGGGGCAUCCAACAUGUUAGAUACACAAAUCGAAGGAAAUGCUGCUAAUUAUGGGAGUGCUUCUGGAAGUAACAGCAGGAGUAAUGGGCAAAAUGGUAGCAGCACUGCUGUGAUGGCUGAAGGAGUAAAUGUGGCAAAUGAUGAUGGAGUAGCGGAAAAUUGUGGAGCGGUAAGUGGAAGUGGCAGUGGAAGCAGGAGUGGGGUAGAUCAAAACUGUUUUUCACAGAGAGAGGCUGCUUUGACCAAAUUCCGCCAGAAGAGGAAAGAAAGAUGCUUUGAAAAAAAGGUCAGAUACCAAAGCAGGAAGAGACUUGCAGAACAAAGACCACGUGUUCGAGGGCAAUUUGUUCGACACGCUGUUAAUGAAGACACAACCCAGGGCAUAUAAUGCUAACCCUGCCCUUCUGCCUAAAGGUGCGUUUGGAAUAUGUACAUGAAUAUUCGUACAAAUUGCAUAUAUAGUAGGGAGCAUUUUGAUUCCAUGGUGGUGAUGUGAUGACUUUUGAAUGUAUUUAUGUUGUCUGACUUAUAUGACUGCUACUACUAAUAGACAGGUGGUUUUGAUCCCCUUUGCUAGAGGGAUUUUAAAAAUAUCUCUGUAAAUUUUUUGCUUCUUCAGGUUUUUUUCGCUUCUUGCCUGCUUUUCACUGUAUUUGAGCUCAUCUGUUCUUAUCUCUUGAACUGUUUUCUGGGUUUGGAACUGUACCAAAUUUGCCCAUACAACCAUCCAACAACAGAGACCACACUUGGGAAAGGAAGAUGGUUGGUAUCUAAGGAAAUCUGUGAUGAUUUUUGACAGAUUAAACAUCACCCAUUUAAUCUGAGAGAGAGAGAGAGAGAGAGAGACUGACCUCUUGGUGAGGAGCUUUGAGAAACUUUGAUUUGUGCAGCACUGCAGCUAUGGCCACCUCUUUCAAC